AUGUUUAAAUCCUUCUAUCAUCUAUCUAUCUAUCUAUCUAUCUAUCUAUCUAUCUAUCUAUCUAUCUAUGUCUAUUUAAAUCUAUCUAUCUAUCGAUGCUUAUUUAAAUCUAUCUAUCUAUCUAUCUAUCUAUCUAUUCUAUAUUCAUAUCUAUCUAUCUAUCUAUCUAUCUAUCUAUCUAUCUAUCUAUCUAUCGAUGUUUAUUUAAAUCUAUCUAUCUAUCUUUAUCUAUCUAUCUAUCUAUCUAUCUAUUAUGAAUAUUUUAAAAAGAAUAUAAAUCUAUCUAAAUCUAUCUAUUCUAUCUAUCUAUCUAUCUAUCUAUCUAUCUAUCUAUUUUAUGACUUAUGUAGUUGUAUAUUCUUCCCACCUUCUGCAAUCUAUCUAUUUUAUGUUCUAUCCCAGUCUGUUUCUUUUUUUUUUCUUUCUUUUCUUUCUUUCUUUUUUUUUUUUAUUUCUUUUUUUUAUCUAUCUAUCUAUUUAUCUAUCUAUCUAUCUAUCUAUCUAUCUCAAUCUGUUUCUAUCUAUCUAUCUAUCUAUCUAUUAUCUAUCUAUCUAUCUAUAAUAUAUAUCAAAAUCUUUUCCCAAAAAAUAUCUAUCUAUCUAUUAUCUAUCUAUCUAUCUAAAAGGAAAAUCUAUUAUCUAUCUAUUUGA